UCGCCUGAUGUUAGGAGUUGGAACAAAUUGCAUCGGAAUGUGUGGACUCUGCAACUUUGCGAUUGCAAAAAGUGAGAAAAGGGAAUCAAUCCACUUCACGAUUGUUCCUGGACAAAACCUCACCGGGAAACGCUGGGAACAUCAUUGAAAGCCAUCUAAAACAAAACACUGGAAGGGAUCAUCUUCGUGGAAGGAUGAAAGGUGUUUACAGGGCAUCAUUUGGGUAUUUAAUGAUACGCAGUAGAGUAAGGGAAUGGAAUGUGAAGACCAUAACUCUCCAGUGACUGGAUCUGUUUCCGCUGGAAGCUGUGCUAUACCGUGGGAGAAUAGUUUACAUCACAGGAUAAAUGGGGACCAGUUAACUCGGUCAAAAGGAUAUGAAAAUACACUGCAGCAUUCCUUGCAGACAGUUCCCUCUGAAUUUGGCGCUGCUGCAGGACGACCAGACCCUUCCACUUGCUGGCCCAAACCUUCCUUCCAGGAGAGACACCAACCAGUUGGCUCGGGAAGGAUGCUCUACUUUGUCCUCUCGGCUUUGCACCUCUGGUCCGGGCCAGUGGAGGGGAAGCUGCCGGUGCCUUCAGAAACGCUGUGCAGCAGCAACGCCUGUUACACCGUGCACUUGGAGAGAAAGCCCUUCCACAAAGCUCUGGAAAGUUGCAAGGCCAACGGGGGCAGCCUGGCAAGCUUGAAGAGUGCAGAAGAGGCCCUUCAGAUAGAGGGUCUGCUGGCCAGCCUCCCCUCAGCUCCAUCGGGGAACAAGAGCAAGUUUUGGAUCGGGCUCCAGCUGCUGCCAAGACACUGUUACCAGCAGCACAAGCCGCUCAGGGGCUUCAGCUGGACAGUGGGAGGCGAGGAGUCCCAGUACUCCAACUGGCGCAGGGAGCCCCAGAGCACCUGCACUGCUCACAGAUGUGUCUACAUCAGCUACUACUCCAGUGGCACUCUGAAUCAGGGAGACCUGAAAUGGUCCGACAGUAUUUGCUAUGCCGGAGUGGAGGGCUACCUUUGCAAGUUCAGCUUUAAAGGGAUGUGCCACAAGAUCAGCCUGGGUGGCCCGGGUUCUGUAAACUAUAUUACUCCCUUCAACGCCAAGACUUCUUCGCUGGCUCUGGUACCAUUUGGUUCAAUGGCAACGGUGUCCUGUGAGAAUGGGAUCCCAAGCAGCUCGAACUUCGUUAUGUGCAUGGAAAUGAGUCCCAAAGUGUAUGACUGGCUGAAGGAUGGUCCCUUCUGCACCCCUCCUCCUGCCUGUAACAGUGAUAAUGGGGGUUGUGCCCACAUCUGUGUCAAUGAUGGACCCAAUGGGGAUUACCAUUGCCAGUGCAGUGAGGGGCACCAGCUGGGGCAGGACCAACGCUCUUGCGUUCCAAGCGAUCCCUGCCAAGACCACCCUUGUGAGUUCGGUUGUACCAGCCACUUGUCCGGCUUUGAAUGCAUCUGCCUGGUGGGCUACGAGCUGGCGGAGAACAAGAAAGAUUGCGUGGAUACCAAUGAAUGUGCCCAUAGUCCUUGUGAUCAACUGUGCUUCAAUUCAGUGGGCAGCUUUUGGUGUGAUUGCAUUGGAGGUUACACCAUGGUAAGUGGAGUGUGUCAAGAUGUUGAUGAAUGCUCUGAACGUCCAUGUAACCAGAGUUGUCAGAACACAGAUGGUUCUUAUCAAUGUAACUGCAGACACGGCUAUGCUACACAUGGAGACGGCCAUUCUUGCCUUGAUAUUAACGAAUGCAUAGAGCAUCCCUGUGAUGGUAUGUGCUCCAACACUGAAGGAAGCUUUGAGUGCUCCUGCAAUGCGGGCUACACGCUACAUGAGGAUAAUGUGUCUUGUAUCCCGGCGAUGAACAUCUUGCCCAUUGCCACAGUCACUGAGGAAAUCUCUGAAACUACAAGAGAAAGUUGGGAUCUCGCCACCACAAAAUACCAAAUGGCUGGUUUCAGUGAAUGGCACAGCCCUGUGGUUCGUGUUGUCUCCUCAGUGAGCAAUACUGAUUUGGAAUUGAAAACCAUUUCCACCAUCGAGCCACAAAAUCCACCAACUGGUGGAAAUAUCAGAGCUUCCAGUGAAGGAAAUUGGUCACUGUCUACUAUGGUAAUGGUAACCCGAACACAGCCUACUGCUGUGGCGGUGGCUCCCAGCCAAAUGAUCAAAAAUAAAGGGGAAGCAUGGCUCCUGGCUUGUGUCUUGGGAUCUGUGGCAGCUACUCUGCUCCUGGUUUGUGUGGUGGCUCUGGUAUUAUGCCGUCGCAAAAGGUCAGCCAAAGAGAAAAACACCAAUGCUUCCAACUACUAUAGCUGGAUGCCAGCUGCUGGGUCAUCCCCUCCGAGAGCUUUACGCAAAUCAACAUUAGUGGCCACCAGCACUUCGGCUGACAAACUCAAUCACUUUGAGGAAAAUCAGACUGAGGUGUAGACUUGAGACUGCAACAAAAGAGGAUUGGAUAAUAUUCCCAAUAUCCUGUGAUAUUUGUAAGCUUUGAAAUUUUGGCACACUUUCAAGCCUUUGAUAAGGCCGUUCAGCUUAACUCACAUCUAUUUCAAUUUUGAUCACAACCUUAUCUAUUUUUUUGAAGAUGGGAUCAAGCACAUACAGAUGAACACAUUGUGAACCUGUAAUGUUACUUAUUAACUGCUGAUCUAGUUUGAGGUGCUUGUGUUGAAGUGUUGCUUUCUGCCCACUUCUGUGAUUUUAUUGAGGGACAUUGUUAGGCAGACAACACUCAGCGCUUCCUUGAACACAACACAAAGCUAUAGUUAAAAUAGCAUGAAGUGUAAAAUCAAGUUAUGUUUUCAAUACGGUACGAUUUUGUAUUUUGUUUCUGUAGUUAAAAAAGUAACCAGUUACAGCUUUAUCAGUUGUAAACACUGUCUCGAUGAGCACUGUCAUUACUAUAACAGAGACUAAUAAAUUCAAUGGUACUUUGUAAACCUUGUGGCGUUGAAUGCCCUAGAUAUCAAAACAUAAAUGUUCUACGUGAGCGGUGAUUCCCUGUUCAGUGCCCAUUGCAGAACAAUAAGACCAUCGACAUCAACUCACAGAUGCCAGUUAUCCCAUGUCAGAUUAUUUUGCUUCUAGGUUGCCCUAUUUCUUUUUAAAAGUACACAUGAUUCGAUGGACAAAAUCCUUCCACACGUGCAGGUGUGUGUGCAUGUGUGCAUGCACCAGCUCCCAUCAGACACAUUUUGCAAUUGUAGUAGGCAUUUAUGCUUCAAACAACCAACAAUUAUUUCUUGUAGUCUAGUGAAAGGGAUGGGUGUUGGGUAAUAAUUUAAAAGAAAGAUAAUAUUUGAAAAGCAAAUGCUUGAAGACAUACAGAGAAAAUGGGGAGAUGAGUUUGAAAGAUCUGCCAUGAUCUAAUAACCAGACUGAACUGAUCCAAUGGCUCCUCUGUUUUCUGUCAGUUAGAGGAACUGGCUCCACUUUGGCCCAGGCACAGGACCAACUAUAGGAGGCAGGGAAGUAAUGACUUGAAUUGUUGAAUAAGAAAUACGUUGAAAUUACUGUAAAGGCUUUCACAUUUUCAACAAUAAUUACAAACUCUAUCAUCGUGACUAUAAAUCUCUGCAAGUUCUGCUAACAUGAGUAAUGUGUUUGUAAACUAUAUUAAAUACACUUACUUUGCAUAUGCAGAUUAGGUUACAAUCUAAACUUUCCAAUAUGAUUCAUAUGCAGUAAAUAUUUUCUGGCACAGACAAAUUGUCUCAAUUUUGGGUAAAUCCAAUUUAGAAAAAUGUGGUAUCCAUCAAUAUUAACCCUUUCUUGUGUUACAUUAGCCAAGCACCUUUCAUUCAGUUUAUACCUAUUAGUAUUUGAACUCACCUUAGCCUUGAGAUCAUUUUAUCUUAAAAUCUAAGAUCACCAGAAUUGUGGACAAUCCCUAAAUUCAGUUUGAAUUUUAAAGAUUUUUUAAGGACAGUGAAAAAAUAGCUUCCAAAUUAAGAAUGAGUUAAGAAUUUUCCACAAUUCUGUGCAAUCUUACAUUUUAAAACAGAAUAUGCUUACUGACAUAGACUAAAUGAAGUUUCAGCCUGUUGCUUAUUAACUAGCCUUUCUGUUAACCUUUUGAUACAUGUAAGAGCACUGUUUACAUAAAUUGGUUUAUUCUGAUGUGGAAUGCUUGAUCAAUUGCUAAAACAAUUUUGUCAAAUACCUUACUGUUGGUUAGCUAAUGAUAUAAAAAUAAGCAAAAAGUCUCUAUUUGAUUUAAUCCAUGUUUGAUUCUGAAUUAGCUGAUCCCAGCCAUAAUAAUGAUAGGGGCAUGCAGAUAGCCUCUGUAUCUCUGGCUACAAAAGGAAUCAAAUGGAAAGGUUUCUACACUUAACUAGUAUGAAAUGUUAUUUGCUGGGUGUUUUCUAAUAUCGAGUAAGAAUUGUAUUGGGCUUGACUUUGACACCCGAGCUUUACAUGGCUUGUCAUGGAAGAAUGGUCAUUUGGUUAUGUGCCAACGUCCGUGGAACUGGAAUUAGAAUGAGUCAUCACAUUCAAGAGAAAGAAUCAACAUUUUUUAAUCACAAGAUUGUUUUGCAUGAAGUUUGAAACGAAACCACGAUUGAACCAACAAUUCCAUGUUAAUUGUACAAUCAGUGUAAUCUUGUAAUAAACAUUUU